AUGGUAAUAAUAACAUCUUUCUGUAUAUUACUUCCCGUUAUCAUCAUCACACUUCUUGUUCUUCGUCUUUUUAAGAAGAAGAAAACUGUAGCGUUUUUCCACCCGAAUUGUUCAUCGAGUGGUGGAGGGGAGAUGGUUCUAUGGGAAAUAGUUAAAGUGUUAUUAGAGACGCAACAGUUAGACAUUGUGAUAUACACAGCGAGUGACCCAGACAAGAAAAAGAUUCUCGCACGAGUUAAAGAAAACUUUGGAUUAGUCUUUGAUGCCACUCGAAUCACAUUUUAUUCCAUUGGAAAGACUUAUCCCCUUGUCACUAAGAAGUACCCUUUCCUUACUUUGUUCUUCCAAGCUAUCGGAUCACUCAUUUGCGUCUUCCAAGCACUUCUUAAGUGUAAUGCAGAGUACUUCUUUGAUACCACUGGGUGUGCAUUCACUUAUCUCUUCGCUGCUCUAUCGGGUGGGAAGGUAUUGUCAUAUACCCAUUACCCGACCAUCUCUUCAGACAUGUUGUCUGUUGUUGAAAACCGUGAAACGGCUAUUAACAACAAUGAAACGGUUGCCAGAAGUCCACUCUUAUCAACAAUCAAAUUGUAUUACUAUAAGAUCUUUGCGUUCUUCUAUUGGAUUGUUGGUAAGAUCCCCUCUCUAGUAUUUGUGAAUGGGUCAUGGACUCAAAGUCACAUCGAGAGGAUCUGGGGAAUUCACCCAAUUCUGUUAUUCCCGCCGUGCGACUUUAAGUCCGAAGAAUGUCCAAAAACAAAGAAUUUGGUGAUCUCAAUCGGUCAGUUCAGGCCAGAGAAGAAGCAAAAAACACAAGUCGAGUGCAUGAAAUUACUGUUUGAGAAGCACCCCGACUUAGUUGGGAAAGUCGAGUUAGUUAUCAUCGGAGGGACGCGCGACGAAGAGGACAACAAGCGGAAAGAAGAGAUCUCCGGUUUGAUCAAGAAGUACGAUUUGACCGAAUCCAUCACAAUCGACAGUGAUGUCGAUUACGAGAAGAAGCUUGACUAUCUCAGAAAUGCCAAAAUUGGACUACACACAAUGGUCAACGAACAUUUUGGUAUUUGUGUGGUGGAGUACAUGGGAUUUGGAGUCAUUCCAAUAGCCAAUAAUAGUGCUGGGCCCAAGUUAGAUAUAGUCGAUCAAGAGUCAGGUUAUUUGGCAUCAACACCCGACGAAUAUGCAGACGCCAUUUUUAAAAUAGUUUCAGAUGAUAAAGCGGCAGAAGUGAUGAGUAAACACGCCAGAAUCAGAGCGGAAAGAUUUUCGGUACAAAACUUCGAGAAAGAGUGUCAACAGCAUCUCGACAAGUUUUUUAAAGAUAACAAAGAGUAA